AUGUCGCAUGGGAAUCGCCCUGGCGAGUGGGAGGAUGUCAACUCGCACACGGUGAGUGACAUAGUAAGAGAUGACGUGGAUUUGGCCUUGGAUCCAAGCUUGUUUGACUUCUCUUUCCCUUUGAUACCGCCGCCAUCUGAGCUGUGUCCUGUCAACUUACUGGAGACCGAUCAACAACUUGGUCAACAGUUAGCACCACAGCCCGCUUUUCUAGAUCAUGGUCUGGACAGAGAAAAUCAACUACUGUCAUCUGGGGGUGACUUUAUUGACAGUAGUGCGUGGUUGUCUACUGACUCAGACCUCCAACGACUACACAGUCUCCUUCCUGAGGUCUCGAGCACCAUAGCUAACGGCUCUUCGGGUACUGAACCAGGCGUUAAUGCUCAGGAAUCUGAGCCUGCUAAGCCAGGUUUCAGCCAAGGCAUAUCUGAACAAACCAAUAUACCCUCUAGCGCUCGUACUGGCCUCCCCCGGCGCAGGAGCCGCUAUUUGAUCCGACAGGAGCAUCAACAGAGCAGUCCAAUUUUUAUCCCCAAUGCAAAUGCAAUGGAUCCCAUGGAGAGGUGGCGUGAAUCUCCACCAGAGGAUGAGCCGGCGUCUAUAUCAGCCAUUCUGGACGCGUUGAAAAAAGCACCAACCCAGCGGUCGACUCAGAGGAGCAGCCGCCCGGAUACACGCAACACAGGGCACAAUGCAUUCCGCCAUUAUAGGCGAGCUCCGUCCGCAACAAGCGGUGAAUCUAGUGGUUCAUCAAAUGCUUCUUUCGGCUCCGCUCUAUCACACUCUCCGUUAGAUGAUCCUUUAAGUCGUAUCCCUAAAGGCCGGGCUAGCAAAAAUACCGUACGGGCACGGGGGAAAAAUGAUAAGCCUCGGCGAUUUUGGUGUACGUUCUGUUGUGAUAAGUUCAGGAGCAGAUAUGACUGGGCUCGGCAUGAGAAGUCUCUCCAUCUGAACCUAGAGGCCUGGCAUUGCGCUCCCCAUGGGACCACCGUCUUCUCAAGAAUGACAGGAAGAAAACACUGUGCGUUUUGUAACGCACUAGAUCCUAGUGCAGCACACCUUGAUCAACAUAACCAUAACGUAUGUCACGGUGACUCCGAUAAGCGACGCUCAUUUCGUCGUAAGGAUCAUCUGGUGCAACAUCUGCGCCUCGUGCAUAAUGUCGACACUUUGCCCCUCAUUGACGAUUGGAAGAUCUCACAUUCUGCUGUCCCGUCACGUUGCGGGUUCUGUGAUCACAAUAUGGAUACUUGGGAACAACGAGUUGACCACUUGGCUGAACAUUUCCGGAAAAAUGCUACGAUGAAAGAUUGGAAAGGCGAUCACGGAUUUCCACCCUCCGUUGCUGCGCAGGUUACGAACUCUUUACCCCCUUAUCUGAUAGCCGAGGAGUCUCAGAGUCUGAUUCCAUUUUCUGCGACCAACACACACGUCCAGGAUCAUUUUGCGCAGAUCUCAUCGCGCGCCCAUUAUCUCACUGAAGAGCAGAAAGCGAACCCGGACAAAGUUGCCGAAGAUGCCAAAGCAGAGGCUGUGGCUAAGCAGAACAUUUCCAUGUCGGAGCUUAGUUCCUUUACCCAGGUUCUUACACUGCAUUUAAGCCGCUAUGCUCAAGACAAAAUAAAGCAGGGUGUUAUGCCUACAGAUGAUAUGUUUCAACAGGAAGCAAGACGAGUUCUUUACGACUCCGAGGACUCGUGGAAUCAGACUAUCGCUGAUAACCCGGAAUGGCUUUCUGGGUUUCGACAUCUACACUGUGCGGAAGGAAACAAUAUCGAGCCCAGAUCUGGAGAGGUAGAUCACUACCUGGGCGACACUCCUCAGACUGGCAUUGGGCGGAUGAAUUAA